UCCAGUUGAUGUUUGAAAAUUCACGAUUAGACAACGGAUAAAAGUUGAGAAUAUUAUCGCGAAAACAUGUUCAAAAACGUUAUAAUUAACAUUGAAAAUCCCAAGCAGCCGCUAAGCAACUUGGAUUAUGGAGUUAUUGAGGCAAAAUACGGUCCAAUGGUUAUGGCCUAUAAUCUUAAGGAUAAUUUCCUCCAUAUAGCUUAUUUUCAUUUUGUGCAAGAAAAGCCAAUUGCAACUUUUGCAGCCGAUAUGAAAAAACGUUGGCCAGGAGUGAUCCUAAAGGAAGAUUCGGAAAAAGCGCAGCGUUCCUUUGAAACUUACUUCCAGAAACAGAAACCAAAACGUGAAAUUUAUGUAAUGUUCACCGGCACCAAAUUCCAGAAUAAGGUCUGGUCAGCACUUUUGAAAAUACCUUAUGGUGAAGAACGUACCUAUAAUGAAGUGGCCUCAAUGAUAAGGAUGCCUAAAUCGGUUCGGGCUGCUGCCACUGCUGUGGGUCGAAAUGAUAUUGCCAUAUUUGUUCCAUGUCAUCGUGUAAAAGCUAAAAAUAACGAUAUUAACAAAUAUCGUUGGGGCAAUGAGCUAAAGAGGAAAAUAUUGGCCGAUGAAAAAUCGAAGAAUUAAAGGCGUAUUGGGAGAAGAACGCUACCGUGUUUUAUUAUACUAUAUCAACAUAGAUGUCUAAGAAUAACAUGUAAAUACAACUUGAAUUAGUCCUUUUUUGUUAAAGAAUAAAAUGUAAUAUUUUUGUAAA